CCAGCCCGGCCCGGCCCCUGCCCCGGGGGCCCCGCUCGGAGGGAAGAUGCUGGUGACCUUCGAGGAUGUGGCUGUGUAUUUCACCCAGGGGCAGGGGGUUCUGCUGGACCCCGCCCAGAGAGCCCACUACAGGGACGUCAUGCAGGAGAACUAUGAGACAGUGACCUCGCUGGGAUUCCCCAUUCCCAAACCUGACCUGAUCAGCCAGCUGGAACGAGGGGAAGAGCCGUGGGUUCCCGAUCUCCAGUCCUGUGAGAGAAGAGAGAUUCUGAGAGGUGCCCACACAGCAGGUGAUGAGACAGUGAGUGAGACCGAGGAGGGGAAUCAAGAGAAGGAAGUUCCUGGGCACGGAGAAUCACAGGGGACCUUUUUGGGAAGAGCUGCAGGGAAUUUUUCCCAGUGCUGGGAACAGGGAGAUGAUGGGGAAAAUUGGCGGAGGUCAGAUAGGCUUCCGGGAAACCACUCAAGGAAGCAAAUGGAUAAAUCUAUUAUAUGUGGGGAAGGACACAGCGAUCCCACAGCCCGACAGACAACCUCCAAGAAAGACAAAAGCUAUGAAUGUCCUGGUUUUGGGAAAGGAAUCGUUCUGAGACCACAGCUUGUUACACCUCAGGAAAUCCAAACUGGAAAGAAAUCACUUCAGUGCUUGGACCGUGGAGAAAGCUUCAAUAACCGCUCAGAUCUUAAUAACCAUGGGAGAAGCCACACAGGAGAGAGACCCUCUCAGUGCCUUGAGGGCAGGAAUUAUUUAAAUUUGAAGUCAACACUGAUUACACAGGAGACAGUGCACACUGGAGAGAGACCACAUAAGUGCUUAGAGUGUGGGAAAAGUUUCGUAUGGAGGUCAGCCCUACUUAGUCACCUGGCAAUACACACUGGAGAGAGACCCCAUAAGUGCUUAGAGUGUGGAAAAAGUUUCAUACAGAAGUCACACCUUGUUGCACAUCAGGUAAUCCACACUGGAGAGAGACCCCAUCAAUGCUUAAUCUGUGGGAAAAAUUUCAUACGGAGGUCAACCCUUCUUAUACAUCAAGCAGUCCACACUGGAGAGAGACCCCAUAAGUGUUUAGACUGUGGGAAAAGUUUCAUAUGGAGGUCAGGCCUUGUUUUUCAUCAGAGAAAACACACGGGAGAGAGACCUCAUAAGUGCUUAGACUGCGGAAAAAGUUUCAUAGAGAGGUCAGACCUUGCUAAACAUCAGAUCAUCCACACAGGAGAGAGAUCCCAUAAGUGCUUAGACUGCGGAAAAAGUUUCAUAGAGAGGUCAGGCCUUGCUAAACAUCAGAUCAUCCACACAGGAGAGAGAUCCCAUAAGUGUUUAGACUGUGGGAAAAGUUUCCCACAAAGAUCAAAUCUUAUGGAACAUAAGAUAAUCCACACAGGAGAGAGAUCCCAUAAGUGCUUAGACUGUGGGAAAAGUUUCACACGGAGAUCUGCCCUCAUUAAACAUGGGAGAAUCCACACUGGAGAGAGACCCUACAAGUGCUUAGACUGUGGGAAAAGUUUCACAUAGAGAUCUGCCCUCGUUAAACAUGGGAGAAUCCACACUGGAGAGAGACCCCACAAGUGCUUAGACUGUGGGAAAAGUUUCAUACAGAAAUCAACCCUUCUUAUUCAUCAAAAAAUCCACACAGGAGAGAGACCCCACAAAUGCUUAGACUGUGGGAAAGGUUUUAUACAGAGAUCAGCCCUUCUUCAUCAUCAGGCAAUCCACACUGGAGAGAGACCCCAUAAAUGCUUAAUUUGUGGGACAAGUUUCAUACGGAGGUCAGACCUUGUUAAACAUCAGGAAAUCCACACUGGAGAGAGACCCCAUAAGUGUUUAGACUGUGAAAAAAGUUUCGUACGGAGGUCAACCCUACUUGCACAUCAAAAAAUCCAUACCGGAGAAAGACCCCAUAAGUGCUUAGACUGUGGGAAAGGUUUCAUACGGAGGCCUGACCUUGUUAAACAUCAAGCAAUCCAUACAAGAGGGAGACCAUAAGAGUUAAGAAAGUGUGUAAAUGGUAUUGGGACCAUUUCAAGAAAUAGAGACUAGAGCUUUGAAAUGUAACCUGGUGUUGUUAAGAAAUUGAAAGAAGAUAGUAGUGCUGUUGAUUAAUUGCAAUUAACUCAAGUAAUUAACUUCAAAAAAAAUUCAUCGUGGUUAGAAAUGUUAAUCUUGAUGUUAAAUAAUAGAAGAGCAAUUGGAAUUUUUUUGGAUGUUUUUCUACGUUUUCUUAUAUAUUGAUUUCUAUCACAACAAAAUAGAAAGUGUACAGUGCUCACUUUACAUUAUUUUUAUUACAAAUAUUUGUACUGUAAACAUGCAAAAUAAAAAUAGUCUUUUUUCCAAUUCACCUCAUACAAGUACUGUAGUGCAAUCGCUUUAUCAGGAAAGUGUAGCUUAAAAACACAGAUUAUUUUACUUACAUAAGUGCACUCAAAAAUAAAGCAGUUAAAAACUUUAGAACCUAGAUGUCUACUGUUCAUUUUCUGCCGAUCACUAAGGCAAACAAGUUUGUUUACAUUUAUGGGGGAGAAUGCUGCCUGCUUUUAAUUUAUGAUGUUACCGGAAAGUGUGAGAAGGUGUUCACAUGGCAUGUCUGUAGCUGGCCGUGCAGGUAUUUAUGUGCAAGAUAUGCUAAACCUGCCUAUGUCCCUUAAUGCUUCAGCCACCAUUCCAGUGGACAUGCUUCCAUGCUGAUGAUGCUCAUUUAAAUAAAUAAUUAAUUAAUUUAAUUUGUGGCUGAACUCCUUGGAGGAGAAUUGUAUGUCCCCUGUUCUGUUUUACACACAUUCUGCCAAAUAUUUCAUAAUAUGGCAGUCACGGAUAAUGACCUAUCACAUGUUCGUUUUAAGGACACUUUCACUGCAGAUUUGACAAAACGCAAAGGAAGUAACCAUCUGAGAUUUCUAAAGGUAGCUACAGCAUUCGGCUCACUGUUUAAGAAUCUGAAGUACCUUCCAAAAUCUGAGAGGGAUGAGGUGUGAAGCAUGCUUUCAGAAAUCUUAAAAGAGCAACACACUGAUUGGGGAAACUACAGAACCCGAACCACCAAAAUAGAAAAUCAUUCCUCUGCUGGUGGCAUCUGACUCAGUUGAUGGAAAUGAACACAUGUUGGUCUGGUCUGCUUUGGAUCGUUAUCUAUUAGAACCCGUCAUUAGCAUGGAGGCAGGUCCCCUGGAAUGGUGGUUCCAGCAGGAAGGGACACAUGACUCUUUAGCGCAUCUGGCACAUAAAUAUCUAGCGACGCCAGCUGCAAUAGUGCCACGAGAACGCCUGUUCUCACUUUCAGGUGACAUUGUAAACAAGAAGCGGGCAGCAUUAUCUACUACAAAUUGUAACCACACUUGUUUUUCUGAGUGAUUGGCUGUAUAAGAAGGAGGACUGAGUGGAGUUGUAGGCUCUAGUUUUAUAUUGUUUUAUUUUUCAACGCAGGUAUUUUUUGUGCGUAAUACUACAUUUGUAAGUUCAACUUUCAUGAUAAAGAGAUUGCACUACAGUACUGGCACUUGGUGAAUUGAAAAAUACUAUUUUGUUUUUUUACAGUGCAAAAAAAGGCA